CUCUUACCACUCGACUCCAAAAUGAGCAGCGAAGUAAAGACGAAAAGGCGUCCCUUUAAGAAAUUCACCUAUCGUGGUGUAGAUCUAGAUCAACUCUGCGAGAUGAGCAGAGAAGAUUUGGCCCAACUGUUGGAUGCCCGGGCAAGGCGUCGCUUCCAACGCGGUACCAAGAAAAAGGAAACUAGACUCUUGAAAAGAUUGCGUAAAGCCAAGAAAAAUGCUCCAGAACUAGAAAAGCCUGAAUGUGUAAAGACUCAUCUACGAAAUAUGAUAGUUUUACCCGAAAUGGUGGGCAAUGUUGUCGGUAUUUAUAACGGCAAAACUUUCAAUCAAGUGGAGAUCAAAGCCGAAAUGGUAGGUCACUAUCUUGGUGAAUUUUCCAUUACAUACAAACCAGUUAAACAUGGUAGACCUGGUAUUGGUGCAACUCAUUCUUCACGUUUUAUUCCUCUAAAGUAAAAAUAGCGGAAGAGAUAGAUUUGCAAGAUAUGUGCUAUAACUAAGGCUAUGAUGUUGUAACAAUAUUCCGUCUUUUCUUGUAUAGAAUAAUAAAAAGACUCUUUCACAAC